AUGUUUCCCCAGGGGAAAACCGGUCUUGCUAGCGAUGAAACACACGUACUAGUUAUAUACACGGGCGGCACAAUAGGCAUGCUACUGGGAAACCGAGGCAGUUACGUUCCGGAGCCUUAUUUCUUAACCGAGACACUCAAAAGCCAGACUCGUUUCCAUGACCCGAUGCAAGACUCUCUAUUUUCCAACUCAAGCUCCGUCCAAGGCUUCAGACAGUUUUUGAGCGGGAGCGGACGAUCAAGUCCAUCUCAAAGUCCGACAACUUCGCAAUUUCCACAACCCACACUCCUUGUGCGGUCUUCUCGGCCAAUCGGUAGUUCUGCCACCCUUGACGUCAACAAGAACGACCGGCCUCCGCCUCCAACUUGUGUCCAAGUCGCCGAAAACGUCUACGAAGCUCAUCUGCCGUCCUUAAUCACGCCACGAACCUCGGUUUCGGGGAGCAGUGGCAGCAAAUCUAUUCGCUAUGCAAUCCUUGAAUGGAAUCCGUUAUUGGACAGUAGCAACAUCGAGACCGAAGACUGGAUCCGACUCGCGUCUGAAAUCGAACUGAACUAUUCAUUCGAUGCAUUUGUCAUUCUGCAUGGCACUGAUACAAUGUCCUACACAUCGAGCGCCUUGAGUUUCUUACUGGAAGAUUUAGGAAAAACAGUGAUAUUGACUGGUGCCCAAAUUCCCUUGUCUCAACUCCGCAACGAUGCAGUCGAUAAUCUCAUGGGUGCUUUAACCAUUGCAGGCAACUACAUCAUACCAGAGACAACUCUGUACUUCAAUCAUACGCUAUUUCGUGGAAACAGGGUCUCCAAGAUGUCAUCCUAUGAUCUCUCUGCGUUUGACAGUCCCAAUUUCGCCCCCUUGGUCAAAGUCGGCAUCGAUAUCCAUGUCAACUGGAGCGAUGUUUUGCGACAGACAAGUUUACGUCGCUUUAGGGCCCAUAAAGAAAUGAGUCCUCAUGUUGCUACUCUACGGCUAUUUCCGGGUAUAACAACAGCAACAGUUCGUGCAUUCCUGUCGCCUCCCGUUCGAGGUGUUGUAUUGGAAAGUUUUGGAUCUGGCAAUGCCCCACAGCGGGCUGACCUGCUCUUCGCAUUCAAAGAAGCUUGUGAUCGCGGUGUCAUUGUUGUCGCGAUCUCUCAGUGUAUCAAGGGGUCGGUCUCUGAUGCGUACGAAGCUGGGCGAGAAUUGUCGGCAGCUGGGGUUAUUGCUGGCAGCGAUAUGACGCCAGAGUGUGCAUUGACGAAACUGAGUUAUCUGUUGUCCAAACCAGAGUUCAGUGUCGAAGAUGUUCGCAAGUUGAUAGGCACACCACUGCGCGGCGAGCUGACGAGGGCAUCUGCCGCGACUUUGGCUGAGGAAACACUGCAGCAAAACUCGGAGAAUAUUCAAGGGCUGUUAUCAGAAUUUGUCAGAAUAACAUCUCGGCCUUCAUCAGCACCUACACCACAGAUAACCAUCUCGCUACCUGAUGGAGCAACACAGGAUGCUGCUGCUUCUUGGACUUCGACAGUCUCGGAAGCGGUAUCUACAGAAGGAGCACUUCUGCCCUUCUUGAUCCACGCGGCCGCAGCUAGGAACGACACAGAGGCUCUCAAGUUUUGCAUCAAAGCUGAGCACGACAAUGAAAUGAUCUCCACACCAGGGCCUUUACACGUAGCGAGUGGAUUGGUCAACGCACUCGACCCUUCAUGGGGUGGGUCUCCGUUGCACGCUGCCUCUGCAAACGGAGCCAUCGAAUCUGUGGACAUCCUGCUACAUUCGGGGGCCCUUGUCCAUCUUCGAGAUACCUUGGGUCAUACUGCGCUCUAUUAUGCUGCAAGACAAGGACAUGAAAACGUCGUCGAUAUGCUGAUCCAAGCGGGUGCUCGGCUGAGUGGCUCGGACGGUACUUUUGCACAACUGGCGGUGAGGACCGCUACCGAGAAUGGUGAUGUGGUCUCUUCAAAUAUCUGGGCGAAGGCUGGUGUUCCUAGAGAAUCAAUCUCAAUGUAA